AAAAAAACCCUAGACUCACUCAGAUAACAAAAACCUUUUCAACGGCAAACGCAUUUACCCUUUGAUGCUCCUCCGUCUUUCGGCUCGCUCUAUUCGUCGUUGCACUUCUUGUUCUUUUCCUUCUUCUUCUUCUUCCGCGUCGUCUCUACCGUUUCGCUUAGGGCCUGCGUCUUCGUUUUGCACUGUUCCAUCAAUGGCAGCUAACCAUCCAAAGGAUGAGGCGUAUCUCUCCGCCGUCAUCCCCAAGCGCAUCAAGCUCUUCGAGCAGAUCCAAGCUAAUCAGCUCGAGAAGCUUAAGUCUCUGCCUCACGAUCCGAUCAAGAUUACUUCGCUAAAAGAGGGCGUGAAAGGGGACGUGAAAGAAGGUAAGAAAUGGGAGACCACUCCAAUGGAUAUCGCCGGUCAGAUUGCAAAGGGUCUGGCGAAUUCUGCACUGAUUGCAGAGGUCAAUGGUGAGCUCUGGGACAUGAGUAGGCCACUGGAAGGUGACUGUAAACUUGAGCUUUUCAAAUUUGAUAGCGACAAAGGCCGGGAUACUCUCUGGCAUUCUAGUGCGCACAUCCUUGGUCAGGCUCUCGAACAGGAAUAUGGGUGUCAGCUAUGCAUAGGACCAUGUACAACGAGAGGGGAGGGUUUCUACUAUGAUGCAUUUUAUGGUGACUUGGGCCUGAACGACGCUCACUUUGCGAACAUCGAAGCAGGUGCUGCAAAAGCUGCUAAGGAAGCGCAACCAUUUGAAAGGAUUGUAGUGACAAAGGAUCAGGCACUCGAGAUGUUUUCUGAUAAUAACUUUAAGGUUGAACUCAUCAAUGAGCUGUCCGCGGACAAGACCAUUACUGUCUACAGAUGUGGCCCUUUGGUUGAUUUGUGUCGUGGACCGCACAUACCUAAUACUUCCUUUGUGAAAGCAUUCAAGUGUUUGAGGGCCUCAUCAGCUUACUGGAGGGCUAGCAGAGAGCGUGAGAGCUUGCAGAGAGUUUAUGGGAUAUCAUAUCCGGAUCAGAAGCAGCUCAAGAAAUAUCUUCAAUUUCUAGAAGAGGCGAAAAAAUAUGACCACAGACUAUUGGGCCAAAAGCAGGAACUUUUCUUUUGUCAUCCACUCAGUCCUGGGAGUUGGUUCUUCCUUCCACUCGGCACUCGUGUAUAUAACAAGUUGAUGGAAUUCAUUAAGGAGCAAUAUUGGAAAAGGGGCUACACAGAGGUCAUUACACCAAAUAUGUACAACAUGAAUCUGUGGGAAACUUCUGGACAUGCUGCAAAUUACAAGGAGAAUAUGUUUACGUUUGAUAUUGAGAAGCAAGAGUUCGGGCUCAAACCUAUGAAUUGCCCUGGUCACUGCUUGAUGUUCCAACACAGGGUUCGCUCAUACCGAGAGUUACCUAUUAGAAUGGCUGACUUUGGCGUAUUACACCGCAAUGAGGCAAGUGGAGCACUUAGUGGGCUGACUCGUGUCCGACGGUUCCAGCAGGAUGAUGCACACAUAUUCUGUACAGAGGAUCAGGUUACGGAUGAAGUGAAGGCUGUGUUGGAGUUCAUUGACUAUGCGUACAAAGUUUUUGGGUUUACCUAUGAGCUAAAGCUUUCAACGAGGCCAGAAAAGUACCUUGGAGAUUUGGAAACAUGGAAUAAAGCUGAAACAAAUCUCGAAGUAGCCCUAGAAGCCUUUGGAAAGAAAUGGGUGAAAAACGAAGGAGAUGGGGCAUUUUAUGGCCCAAAGAUAGACAUCACAGUCUCUGAUGCAAUGAAUAGGAAAUUCCAGUGUGCUACUUUACAGCUUGAUUUUCAACUUCCGGAUCGCUUCAAACUGGAAUACUCAGCUGAAGACGAAGCGAAGAGGCAGAGACCUGUGAUGAUACAUAGAGCUGUGUUGGGAUCUGUGGAACGUAUGUUUGCCAUAUUGUUGGAGCAUUACAAAGGAAAAUGGCCUUUCUGGCUUAGUCCGCGCCAGGCCAUAGUUUGCCCUAUAUCAAAGAAAUCUGAGGAAUAUGCAAAAGAGGUGCAAAAACGAAUUCAUGAAGCUGGGUACUAUGUUGAUGCGGACAUAACAGACAGAAAGAUUGAUAAAAAGGUGCGAGAAGCUCAGCUUGCGCAGUAUAACUACAUUCUGGUAGUGGGUGAAAGUGAAGCUGCUACAGGACAGGUGAGUGUUCGGAUAAGAGACAGUGCAGCCCACUCGGUGAAGAACAUCGAUGAUUUGCUGGAAGAAUUUAAGGCCAAGACUGCCGAAUAUCAAUGAGAGACUCGUAAAAUUCAAGUUAUUUUUCUUCUGAUACAAACAGUUUUUUGUUUUUCUUGGCAAAUUAGAUUGAAGUGUUUACUUUAUCUUUAUCAUUUGAACCAUAUUAAAGUUUCGUCACUUAUGAAUUCUUUGAGCGAUUUUAUUUCGUAUCUUCUCCACACUGUCUGACCAGUGUAUAAAACAUAAAGAAAUAUGGAAGAAGAGCAUGUUGAGCCUGUC